GGGAGGCGGACGGAGACGGAGAUGUGCUGCUGCCCGAGCAAGGCGUGCUGCUGCUGCACGCUCGUCGUCCUCGUGCUCAUCGCCGUCGGGAUCGUCUUCGGCUUCGGCGUCUACACCCGCGGAUUCCACAAGCUCUCCAACGGCAUCCACCUCCACGACGACUACCCAUCCUCCUCAUCCUUCCGCGCCUUCGGCGGCCACCUCGCGCCCUCGCCGUACUAG